AUGGCUCACAACAAAGCACGUUGGCUUUUGAUGCUGCUGACCACGUUAAUACAUUUACUUGCGGCACCGUCCGGUGCUGCUGGUGACGAUGCAGGAGUGCUGAUCAAAUUCAAGAGCUCCUUGUCAAAAAACGACGUGCUUAACGGCUGGAAUGAAUCGAUCGAUAUUUGCAGUGGUACUGGAAACAAGAGUAAUUGGGCCGGCUUGAUAUGCACCAACGGGGUCUUAUCGGGGCUGCGGCUGGAGAACAUGAGUCUCACGGGCAUCAUCGACGUAGACACGCUGGCGGAGUUGCAAACUUUGCGGAGUUUGAGCUUCAUGAACAAUAGCUUCGACGGUCUGAUGCCUAACAUGGCGAAACUCGGUGCACUAAAGACAUUGUAUUUGUCCCACAACCGAUUCUCCGGCGAAAUUAAGGAUGAUGCUUUUGACGGCAUGAACUCUUUAAAGAAAGUUUAUUUGGCACGAAACGAAUUUAUGGGUAAAAUUCCCAAGUCCCUCGCUGCGUUGCCUAAGCUCAUGGAGUUGAACCUCGAGGGCAACCGAUUUGAGGGAAAGAUACCGAAUUUUCGAUCAAACGGGUGGAAAGUAUUCAAUCUAGCAGACAACCAACUUGAGGGUCGGAUACCAAAAAGUUUAAGCAAGAUGAAUUCUAGUUCUUUUGUGGGCAACAAAGACCUAUGCGGACUGCCUCUGGAGCCAUGCAAGGCCUCAAGGAAGCACUACAUCGUAAUAAUCAUCAUCUUAGCUAUCGCCGUGGUCGCAUUAGCAGCAAUGGGCGUAUUUUUGUACGCACGUGGCCGCCGACUUCAAAAAACAAAGAGGAAAAUGGCCCAAGAAAUAAAAGGCUACAAGAACUCUGGUGAAGCGGCUGAAGCCUAUGAUGUUGGCCGGAAAGAGGCCCAAUCACCCGACCUCCCCGGCGAGUACAAAAGGGGUGAACAAGGAAAGUUGUACUUCGUGAGAAAUGACAGAGUGAUGUUUGAUUUACAAGACCUACUUAGAGCCUCGGCCGAAGUAUUGGGGAGUGGGAGUUUUGGGUCCUCUUACAAGGCUGUUCUUUUGAGUGGGCCCGCUAUGGUUGUGAAGAGGUUUAGGCAAAUGAACAAGGUAGGGAAGGAAGAGUUUCAUGACCACAUGAGACGGCUUGGGAGUUUGUCCCAUCCUAAUGUGCUUCCCCUUGUAGCCUUUUACUAUACCAAAGAAGAAAAGCUUCUAAUUUCAGACUAUGUCCAAAACGGCAGCCUCGCUAGUCAUCUCCAUGCAAGACGUGCACCCGGGCAGCCAGGGCUUGAUUGGCCAGCUCGGCUAAAGAUCAUCAAAGGAGUAGCCAGGGGUUUGGCUUACCUCCACAGAGAGUUCCCUAACCUAACCCUACCCCAUGGUCACCUAAAAUCCUCCAAUGUGCUUCUGGACCACACGUUCAUGCCUCUGUUGUCGGACUUCGCUCUCGUCCCAGUGGUCAACAAAGAGCAUGCACAACAAUACAUGGCGGCGUACAAAUCUCCGGAGUUCACACAACGGGACCGUACUGCCCAAAAGACCGACGUGUGGUGCCUAGGGAUUCUCAUUCUUGAGCUUUUAACUGGAAAAUUCCCUGCAAACUAUCUAAAACAUGGGAAGGGAGAGAACCCGGAUUUGGCAUCGUGGGUGAACUCAGUUGUGAGGGAAGAGUGGACGGGCGAGGUGUUUGAUUAUGACAUGAAGGGAACCAAAAACAGCGAGGAAGAAAUGCUAAAGCUCUUGAAGGUUGGAAUGUGCUGCUGUGAGGGGGAUGUGGAUAGGAGGUGGGAGUUGAGGGAGGCUCUGGAGAAGAUUGAAGAUUUGAAGGAGAGGGACAAUGAGGAUGACAACUAUUCUUCCAAUGCCAGUGAAGGAGACAUGUACUCCUCCAGGGGAAUGACUGAGGAAGACUUCUCCUUUCUCAGUUAAUAUAUAAUAGUGUUGAUGAGUUA